UUGAGUUUUUUUUGGACCUUUUCGCUCUACGUACCACAACAAAGAUGGCGUCGUCCUCUGACGUCUCCGUUCGAAUAUGUGUGCAAGAAAUUAUCAAAUAUGAUUUAGAGAUUAAAGCUCUCAUUCAGGAUAUACGGGAAUGUCGCGGUCCACACAGCGUGUUAAUGAAGCUGAACGCUGCAGUGAAGGAAAAAUCCAGGCACUUAAGACAGCGAAUUCAGGAUAUGGAACAAAUGGCUAAAGAACAAGAUAAAGAGACUGAUAAGAACAUUAUUAUGGCUGAAACAGAAAGUCAUCGCAAACAAAUGUUAAGUAACCAGACAGCAUGGAGGAAAGCCAACUUGGCCUGCAAGCUAGCCAUCGAUAACCUGGAAAAAGAUGAGCUACUACAUGGUGGGGACUCAUCAGUGAGGCAAAGGAAGGCCACCAAGGAGAGCCUGGCAGAGACGUCCAGUGACAUCACUGAGAGUUUGAUGAGCAUCAGCCGAAUGAUGGCCCAACAGGUCAAGCAAAGUGAGGAAACCAUUGGCACUCUGGUUACAUCAUCAAGGUCAGUACUGGAAACGAAUGAAGAGUUUAAAGCAAUGACAGCCACAAUCCACUUGGGACGGAAACUCAUCCUGAAAUACAAUCGGCGUGAACUCACAGACAAAUUGCUCAUCUUUCUUGCACUUGCUCUGUUUUUUGCCACUGUGCUCUACAUCCUGAAAAAGCGGCUCUUCCCUUUCAUUUAGAGCAAAAAAAAAAUCAAAUGUCUGCUUUACUAUAUGCAAAUACUUGAAUUGUUGGUACUGUUCUGGUGAUAGCGUUGGUGUGAAUGUAUGUGUGCCUGCAGCUGAAAUAUUACUGUUUUACUUAAAAUUUAAUCUGGAACUGGGAGGAAAGUGCAUUGCAGCUGCCAUUUGUACAACCAUUUGGGUUUAACAUGCGGUUUAAAUGAAUUAUAAUUAUAAUUUAUUACUCAGAACAUAUUUAGUACUGCGUUUGGCCAUUUUUAUUGACUUUAUGGAAAUGAAACAAUAUGACCACAUGGCAAAAGUUGUAAAAAUUUUGAAAGUAGGAAUUCAAUGGGAAGUUCCAGGGGAUGUAUGAAGUAAUGGCAUAGGGUAUGCAGUUAAUUGCAUAGUGUGACAUUUUCUUUAUAGAAAUUUAUUUUUGGCACAAGUAUGUUUAGUUGAAAGCAUCUUGAUUAAUACACUGAAGCUUUCUUUCACCAUACCUUUAAACCAGUGUACAUAAGUGCCUUCUCUUGCUAUAUUUGAAAGUGUAAAAACUAUUUAUUUGCUAUUUCAAGGUCUUUACAGCCUUUAGAAGCCAUAUUUUUAAGCCAUUUUUAAACUGUUUACAGUUUUCUACAGUGUUGAUUCUGCCUAACUUUGAAAGGAAGUGGGAAGAAACAUACUUGAGGUGUAAUUGCACUGCAUUAUGCCUGUUUGUUUUCUUAGUAAUUCUGGCAGUAUUUAUUAAAGUGGUGCUAUUAGUAUCUCAUAAUGUUCUUCAGAGUCAGACCACUGGAUGGUGCUGUAGCAUUUUUCCAUUUAGCACGAACAACUACUUUGUCAAGUACAUAUCAGCUUUAUUUCUCUGAACAUGAAGAAAUAGUAGAAAACAGGUUCCCAACCCUGGUCCUGGAGUACCCCUGUCCUGUACAUUUUAGCAUUUUUCCUGCUCUAACACACCCACUUCAACUCAGGAAGGACUGGCAAUUAGCUGAUUAGUUGAACCAGGUGUGUAGGACAAGGGGAACGUCAGGACCAGGGUUUGGAACUUCUGUAGUAUUAGACUGCUCAUGUUGUGAUUGACAGUGUCAUGCAUAUCAUUUCUGGUUGUGAGCUAAAAUUCAAAACCUUCUCAGCAACUGUAUUACUGCUCAGAAAUGCUUUUCAGCAUGGUCACUGAUUCCCUCAGUGUCCUCAAUCGCGUCUCUGUGACAUUCAGUGACCUUGUAUUCAGGUAUAGUUUGUUGCAGAUUACUCUACUGUGAUAAAGUUACCUUAGUUUACAUCUUUAAUUCAUUUCCAGUGACCUCAUGACUGUUUAAUAAACAUGAACUAUUUAAAAA